CUGGCUGUGCACGUGUGUUUGCUGAGCUGUUCCCCAGACCUCGGUUUGCAGGCGCGAUGCGUCUGGGAGCCCUGAAUUGAGGUCAUGGCUCUGGCUGGUUCGGGCUGCGUGUGGCUCUGGGCUGACUCUCAGGCCACAGAGCCUCUGGCAAAGAUGAAGAAAUGGGAUAGCUCAGACUCGGGGGAGUCUGAGGACCCACCCCAAGAGGCCAACUGCCCGGACCCCCAGGCUGGCAACUCUAACUCCAAGCCACCUCCAACCGAGCCCCAAGUCUUCAUGGCCAAGAGCCGCCCCCGGCUCUUUGGGAAGGAUGAUUCGGAGGAGGCUUCCCAUAUAGAUUGCUCUUACGAGGAAAGUGAGCUUGCCUCCUGUCCAGCCAUUACAGUUAGCCCUGCUGUCGUCAUCCGGAAGCCUGGAGAUGGCCCCACCUGUGCCAGGACUGAGGCUGGAGGGGAUGGGUUCUGCACAGAGCCCCCGCAGAGCUGGGCCCAGCCCCCAGAUGCUGGCUGCCCGCAGGCCCAGAUCACUAAUCGCCACGACAUGCUCUUGGUGGAGCCACUGAACCGACUCCUGCAGGACAAGUGGGACAGAUUUGUCAAGCGGAUCUUCUACUUCAACUUCUUCAUCUACUGCCUGUAUAUGAUCAUCUUCACCAUGGCUGCCUACCACAGGCCUGUGAUUGGCUUGCCUCCCUUUAAGGUGAACAAGACUGAAGACUAUUUCCGAGUCAUUGGAGAGAUUCUGUCUGUAUCAGGGGGAGUCUACUUUUUCUUUCGAGGGAUUCAGUAUUUCCUGCAGAGGCGGCCGUCAAUGAAGACCUUGUUUGUGGACAGCUACAGUGAGAUGCUUUUCUUUGUGCAGUCCAUAUUCAUGCUGGGGACUGUGGUGUUGUACUUCAGCCACCGCAAGGAGUAUGUGGCCUCCAUGGUGUUCUCCCUGGCCAUGGGCUGGACCAACAUGCUCUACUACACCCGUGGCUUCCAGCAGAUGGGCAUCUAUGCUGUCAUGAUCGAGAAGAUGAUCCUGAGAGACCUGUGUCGUUUCAUGUUUGUCUACCUUGUUUUCUUGUUCGGGUUUUCCACAGCGGUGGUGACACUGAUUGAGGAGGGGAAUAAUAAGUCUGUGGCGGCUGAGCCCACAUCGCACAGAUGGCGGGGGCCUGGCUGCCGGCCCCCUGACAGCUCCUACAACAGCCUGUACUCCACGUGUCUGGAGCUGUUCAAGUUCACCAUCGGCAUGGGUGACCUGGAGUUCACUGAGAACUAUGAAUUCAAGGCUGUUUUCAUCAUCCUGUUACUGGCCUAUGUGAUUCUCACCUACAUCCUGCUGCUCAACAUGCUCAUUGCCCUCAUGGGCGAGACUGUCAACAAGAUUGCGCAGGAGAGCAAGAACAUCUGGAAGUUGCAGAGAGCCAUCACCAUCCUGGACACAGAAAAGAGCUUCCUUAAAUGUAUAAGGAAAGCCUUCCGCUCAGGCAAGCUGCUGCAGGUGGGGUAUACACCCGACGGCAAGGAUGACUACAGGUGGUGUUUCAGGGUAGAUGAGGUGAACUGGACCACCUGGAACACCAACGUGGGCAUCAUCAAUGAAGACCCGGGCAACUCUAAGGGUGUCAAGCGCACCCUGAGCUUCUCCUUGCGACCAAACAGAGUUUCAGGGAGAAAUUGGAAGAACUUUGCCUUGGUUCCCCUUUUAAGAGAUGCAAGUACUCGAGAAAGGCCCGCUGCCCACCCUGAGGAUGUUCACCUGAGGCGCUUUGCUGGAUCCCUUAAGCCAGAAGAUGCUGAAGUCUUCAGAGAUUCUGCCGCCCUCAGAAAAUGCUGUGUGGAUGCCAAAUAG